AAACUACUGGCGUAUGGGCUGGUUCGAGGUAAUUCUGUGGUGGAUGCAGACACUCAGCAGCGGCAAAUAGAUGGACUGAUCGAGUCUAUCUGUGGCUGCUAUUUGGGCCCCCAUACCGAUGACAAUGUCAGCUUACAGAUUAUUAAGGUAUAA